ACUUCGAGCUAGGUUUUGGGGAGAUGUCCAACACUACUGACGAGUUUUGCUCAGAGAAGUACAUGUUUAAUAUCGAGAAUUAUUCCGCUGUGAAUGUACAAAGCCCGCACCCACAAAGUACUCGCUUUGCCACGGUGAAUUCUAACUGGACUUGCAUGCGAUCGGAGGGUUUUUGGGUUUCAAACGGUGGAGUUUUGGAAGUGACUGCAUUUAUGAACGCAACGUCAUUGACUGAUCAUGUGUGGAUCGAAGUAAGGCAGAACUUCUUUGGAGGCUGCGACUUCCUUGUUGGCUUGGGAGCCCUCUUGCCAAGCCGCAACCCGACUUGGCAGACCAUAAGAGUUACUGUGGAACAUGAUAGCUCUGCUGUAUUUAGAGGCUAUAUUGUCUUAUGGGGCCGUGCUGCACCCCAAUCGCUGGUCAUGAUCGACUCAUUCCGUUACAUCUCACGAUCUACCGAUGAGGCGGACUGUCUGGCAUAUGACAACAACUAAGGACUACUAUAACUUUAUUGUGAAAUAGGCAGCUACAACAACUAUCCGAAAUUACAACAACGGUAGACACAACAACGAAUGCCUUUAACGGAAUCAACUGGAUCUGUUUUCUUUUAUAUUAAUUAUUAUCAAUAAAAAUGUCAUUUUCAUUAG